AUGUAUUUGCUGCCAACCACGCUCUUUUGCUUCCUGCUACUCUCAUCGACCGUCAAGGCUGGCACCCAGACCGAAGGGCAAUCUUGCGACGUUAACAACAACCGCCUACAAAUCGGAACGUAUCAAUUCUGGAGCGAUUGCGACUCUCAGACAUACUGCACUGCUCGGGGUACCUGUGCGAAGAGAGGGUGCAGACAAGACGACUUCCCAUUCGGUUACGCCCCGGACGAUGAACUACCACGAAAGUGCCCUCGCGGCGAGUUCUGCCCUGACGAAAUGAGUGAAUGCCAGGUUUUGUUGCCAGUAGGCAGCGAAUGCCAACUCAACCGCGACGAUCAAUGCGAAGCACCCCCAAACUUUCCAGAACUCGCUGACGACAGCGACCGCGGUAUCAACUUCAAUGGGUCUGUGUGCCUUAAGAACAUUUGCAUGUGGGCCAACGUUACUGAGGGCGACACCUGUAUCGUGGAGAAUACUUUCUAUAUCGCCUACAGCGCUGAUGGCGAAUUCCCUGACAUUCGAUCCCGUGGCAACUGUCGGUUGGGACUGUACUGCGAUGGCACGUCUCUGAAAUGUCUGAAGGAGAAGGCAAUUGGGGACUCAUGUACCGCGGACAAAGAAUGCGCAUCAUGGAAUUGCGAGCCGAGCGGGAAAUGUGGAAUCGGUGCUGAUGUCCCUCGUCGCCUCGCCAUUUGGGUCUAUAUUGUUGUUGGCAUUUGUAUCUUUGGUGGCAUGUUUGGCACACUUGUCGGCCUAUUCUUUUGGCACAGCAAGCAGCGUGAUGCGGAUCGCGAGAAGCGUGUCCAAUAUUGGCGCGAGCAGAAUGCGUUCCAUCAAAAUUUGAUGCAAAUGCGCGAGACCGCCCGUGCGUCCAUUAUUUCUCCUAAUCAAAAUGGGAUCAGCAGCGCAAGAAGCACCAUAUACAGUCGCGACGGCGCACUAUCCGACGAGUCUCAAGCACCCAUAAUGCAGAACGCGGCACCAAAGGCCUCAUCAGGUCUGCGUAACUACUUGACCGAAGACAAUAGCUCGGAUUACGAAGAUGGCAUGAUGAUGCAGACCACUGACAGGAAGAACCGUUUUUAA